AUGGUUCUAUCGACUUUGGAAAUGAAUCAUACGAAGGAUAUUGAUGAAGAAUCGAUGGAACUUUCAAAGGAACCUAACGGGCUGCGUAGUCAAAAUUAUACCCUAAAUGCCUUAUUACAUUGUGAUGAAGGGUAUAACGAGGAUCUCGAUCCAGAUUAUGACUCUUAUUGUAGUGAUUACGUCUUGAAUAAUGAAUUUGAAGACGACGAACUGUCAUCUAAUACAGAAUCUAGUGGAAAUGGGCAUUCCUACGACGAGUCAGAUACCGCAUCGAGUUCACAAGAAAGUAUAGGUGACAGUUCACUAGAGGAUGUAUCAGACAUGGACAUCGAGGAGGGUGGUGAGGGGUUUCAAGGGUAUAUGGACAUUUUGAAUAGCUUAAACCUUCGAAAUAUUCUGAUCUUUUUAUUUCUUAUCACUUCGAUUUAUAUGGGGAGAUGGAUUUACUUCCGAUAUAGAAAUGAUGAGGCAAUUUUUAAUGAUGGCGGUAUGCUCGAAAAUUUUAACCCAUCGUCAAGAUCUCCUCCAGUUUCAUUUUUGAAUUUACAAAAACAGAUCAACACUCUUUAUCACGAUUUGAAUAAACGAGAUGAUAAAAUAACAAAUGAUUUCGAUAAAUCUGUGAAGAUUGUAAUUUCACAAUUCGAGAAGAAUUUGAGGAAUCUGUUGCCAGUAGAUCUGGUAGAUUUUAAAUCUCAACUGGAUUCAUUGAAGGGACAAGUAAAUAAUCUUUCUUCCAUUAUAUCAAAUUGGCAAGAAAAUGAACCCCCCUCUGUACAUGAUUUCAUUAAAAGAAAUCGAUCCAGCCCUUUUUCUAUGGAGAAUAUAACUAAGUUCCAAAAUAGUUUGAUUCAAGAAUUAGAGAAAUCAUUACCUAACGAAAUACCGAUUAUCAUGAAGGGGAAUAACAAUAAUGCUACUACUGAAAACUCAACAGCAUUUUUAAUCAUUCCUGAAUUACAUUCAUACAUAACAGACUUAGUAGCACAAACUUUGAAUACUUCAAGAGACAACCUAGAUGAAAUUUCCAAGAAAUGGGAAUAUAAUAUGGAUACUUACAUAACGGAAUACCUUACAAAUGAAUUAAAAUACGUUAAUAAACAUGAUUUCCUGGCCGAAUUGAAUUCAAAGCUGGAAUCCAAUAAAUUGGAAAUAUUCGAAGAAAUGAAUAAUAAAUUGAAUGAUAUCCGUUUCCAAAAUGAUCAAUCUGCAUUUCCACAAUAUUCUAAUUCUAUGUUGAAAAAAUUAGUUUAUGAUAUUUAUAAUUCCAAUAUGCAUCAAUGGCAGCAUGAUUUGGAUUUUGCUAGUAUAUUCCAAGGAACGAGGUUACUUAAUCAUAUGACCUCGAAUACAUGGAAAAAUGGGAAUGGAAUAUUACCCAUUGAAUUGUUGAAACCAUCAAAAUUAUUAAGCUCGACAUAUUGGCAAUGUGCCAAUGAAAACGGUAACUCGAAAUCGGGUUAUAAAUGUUCAUGGGCGAUAAGAUUCCAAGAACCAAUUUAUUUGACAAAAAUCUCCUAUGUUCAUGGUAGAUUCCUGAAUAAUUUACAUAUGAUGAAUUCGGCUCCGAGAUUAAUUUCAUUGUACGUUCGUUUAACCAAUAACAAAGAUACAGAAGAGUUGAUACGGAGGGCAAAGAAACAUAAUCAAGGACAGACAUUUGUGAAAUCUUAUGAUUAUAUCAAAAUAAGUCAACACACAUAUUCAAUUGAUGACCUUGAAACUCGACAAACUUUCCCAUUACCUAAAUGGUAUAUUGAGAUGAAGCCCUUAGUUCAUUCGUUAGUUUUCCAAAUUGAUGAUAAUUAUGGAAAUGAAAAGUAUACAUCUUUGAAGAAAUUCUUAAUAAAUGGCUUAACUAGAGAAGAUUUGAAUAUACUUAAGAAUAACAAUGGAGCGCUACGAAAAAGUGUCAAAACUGUUCCUGAUUAUAUCCACCAAAAGGUCAAAAAUCCAACGUCGCAAGAUACAUCCUCUGGGAAUGGUUCGCCCUUAAAAAUAGAAAGCUCGAAACUGAACCCUGUCAUGCAAGGGAAAGUACCUGCAUUUGGCGAAGAUGAAUUGGAUGUAUGA